GUCACAACUCCCAACUGAACGAGAGAGAUAAAAAUGACGAGCUCGAGCUCUCUCUUUCUCCUCUUUCUCUCUCUCUCGUCAAUUUCUCUGUCACUUUCUUCUAGAAUUUAUCCAUUGAUCGAAGAACCCAUCAAGCCCGUCUCUAGAAUUAGCCCAUUUGAUACUUCUAAUUAUGGGAAAUUGCAGCUCAACAAUGGAUUGGCUCGCACUCCUCAAAUGGGAUGGAAUAGCUGGAACUUCUUUGCCUGUAAUAUCAAUGAAAAAGUAAUUAAGGAAACAGCUGAUGCCCUCAUCUCAACUGGGUUGGCUGAUUUAGGUUACAUCUAUGUUAAUAUAGAUGAUUGUUGGCAUUCUCUCUUGCGUAAUUUGAAGGGUGAAUUGAAACCAGAUCCAAAGACAUUUCCUUCAGGCAUUAAAGCGGUUGCUGACUACAUCCAUAGCAAGGGCCUCAAGCUUGGUAUUUACUCUGAUGCUGGGAUAUUCACAUGCCAAGUUCGACCAGGAUCCCUCUACCAUGAAAAUGAUGAUGCAGAGCUUUUUGCAUCUUGGGGUGUUGACUACUUAAAGUAUGACAACUGUUUUAAUUUGGGUAUCAAACCAGAGGAACGUUAUCCUCCAAUGAGGGAUGCAUUAAAUUCGACUGGACAUAGCAUUUUUUACUCAAUUUGUGAGUGGGGUGUAGAUGAUCCUGCCUUAUGGGCUGGUAGUGUUGGUAAUAGUUGGCGGACAACAGAUGAUAUAAGCGAUACAUGGGUUAGCAUGACGACAAUUGCGGACCUCAAUGACAAGUGGGCAUCAUAUGCAGGACCGGGUGGAUGGAAUGACCCUGAUAUGUUAGAGGUUGGCAACGGUGGUAUGACUUACCAAGAAUAUCGUGCACAUUUCAGUAUCUGGGCUUUGAUGAAGGCCCCUCUCUUGAUUGGCUGUGACGUACGUAACAUGACUGCUGAAACAUUCGAGAUUUUGAGCAAUGAGGAAGUGAUUGCAGUUAAUCAAGAUCCUCUUGGUGUUCAAGGAAGAAAGGUUUCAGUUGCAGAAAAUGAGGGUUGCAGCCAGGUAUGGGCGGGUCCUCUAUCUGGAAACCAGUUAGUAGUUGCCUUAUGGAAUCGCUGCUCCCAAUCUGUAACAGUUACAGCAAAAUGGGGGGUUCUCGGCCUUGACGAAUCCACCAGUGUUUCUGUAAGAGAUCUCUGGAAGCAUGAAAACCUAGCAGAGAACGUAGCGGGAUCCUUUGGAGCUCGACUUGAUUCUCAUGACUGCAAGAUGUACAUCUUCACUCCAGCAACCUAUUCUAGUGUAAUGUGAAUUAAUUCAAUGUGCAUCUAUCAUCUGUAAUGUCUUUCAUAUGUCCUUGGUGCCUUUGCCCUUUGUAUCAUGUACUAAGAACCUGACAGGCUACGGUCUACUCUCGAGGGGAAAAUGUGGAAGAAGGAAAAGCUCAGAUGUAUUAAUUUUGAUGCUUGCUUGCUUAAUAUUGCGAGACAAUGGUUAUUUAUUAGGAU